CGGGGGAUAGGUUAGGUAAAGACGGAUGGAGGCUGCUUAUUCGAUAAUUUCAAACUGGGUAAUAGCCCUGAAGUCUGUGUUGCGUAGGAAGACUGCAUUGUUUGUGAAGCUGUGAGUAAAGCGUCUCUCUCUCGAGAGAGAGAGAAAGCAUGUACAGAGGUUUACAAUUGAGUUUGCCGUGCGAUGCGUCACGUCUUAUGCCUGGACGGUCCGGGGUUGCAUUGAAACGGGCUGUUAAUUCCCAAAGGGACGAGAGGAGAGGGUCGAAGAGGUCCGUGACGCCACUUCAAUGCAGGCACUGCUGUUCCUGGUAGCAAGCACUGGGUGUGGAAAGGGAUGGCUGCAAUGAUGGCAUUUCUUAGGACACCUUUGGAUUAACCAUGAAAACAACUACUCUCUGAGCAGCUGUGGGUGGCAUUAACGAAGUUACACCGCAUCGGUUACUAGAAAUACGUAUGGUUCACACAAUUCUCUGUGCUUCAUUCCAGGUGAUCUGUGAAAAUGGUUCGCUAUUCACUUGACCCAGAAAACCCCACAAAAUCAUGCAAGUCAAGAGGCUCAAAUCUUCGUGUUCACUUUAAGAACACACGUGAAACUGCCCAGGCCAUCAAGGGUAUGCAUAUACGAAAAGCCACCAAGUAUCUGAAGGAUGUCACCUUAAAGAAACAAUGUGUACCAUUCCGACGUUAUAAUGGUGGAGUUGGUAGGUGUGCCCAGGCCAAACAGUGGGGCUGGACACAGGGUCGGUGGCCCAAAAAGAGUGCUGAAUUUUUGCUGCAUAUGCUUAAAAAUGCAGAGAGUAAUGCUGAACUUAAGGGUUUAGAUGUAGAUUCUCUGGUCAUUGAGCAUAUCCAAGUGAACAAAGCACCCAAGAUGCGUCGCCGAACUUACAGAGCUCAUGGUCGCAUUAACCCAUACAUGAGCUCCCCCUGCCACAUUGAGAUGAUCCUUACUGAAAAGGAACAGAUUGUUCCCAAACCAGAAGAAGAGGUAGCACAGAAGAAAAAGAUAUCCCAGAAGAAACUGAAGAAACAAAAACUUAUGGCACGGGAAUAGAUGCAACAUAAAAUAAAUGCAAAUAACAGUAAAAGGAUAUUGGUUGUCUUUAUUAGCAAAGCUGGCAUCAAGUGACUUCACAAGGUGGAUCAAAUGACUUUUCUUAGAAUUAGAGAUACACAAACUUUUUUUAUAAUAAUAAAAAAGAAUUAGAGACGCAGAUUACUAU